AUUAUUACCUAAGUUUGUUUUACAAAGUAAGAAUUUCCAAAAGCUAUUAUCGUCGAAGAUGACUCGCAGAGCCAUCAGCACAGUUGGCAGCGCGCCACGGCAGUGACAGUGAGUCAGCGAUAGUGCGACGGAACCACCCGGGCAAAUCACCUGUGUCAAAGGAUAAUCGUCCUUUCCGCCACAGAUAUAGAAGCUCCGCUAUCUCUCUUUUUGUCCUUGUUGUUGUGUACGCCGAGUGCGGCGGCGCGAUCGAUACGUUGCACCCCGCCCCUUGCAACCCGGGCAUUGGAAACGAAAAACCCGGAUAACAACUGAAAAUAAUCAACCCAGUUCAAGGCCGGUCGGAAUAGCUUAUUGCGAAUUAAAGUGUGCAAGGCAGUCGCCAAUGUCGGUUCAGUGCAUACGCGUCCGUGCCCCGAGGUAGACAACAAAGGUACACCUCGAUACCGCAGCGAUGGCUUCCAAAGUCCUGGUGCCGACUGGGCCGUUCACUAAACUGCAAGUGAAAAAAUCGCCAGCUGAGCCGAGCAGCAGUGGUUUCGUAUUGGCCGGUGAUGCCGCCGCCAGGGUCGCGCAUUUGGAACACAGCGUGCGCUUUCUUCAGGAACAGCAUAGGCUGAUGCUUAGUGGACUCCAUACGGAGAUUGAAGCACUCAGAGAGAGGAACAGGGAUCUCCAAUUCCAAUUGAUCUUCAACAAGGAAUCCUCUUUGAAGGCAACACCGCCCGCUGCGGCUGAAAAUGGCGAGAACGCUGAGGAGGCAAAACUAAAGACCGAGGUGUCCCGUCUCGAGCGCGAGGCGGCGGCAGCGCGGGGCGAGGCGCGGGCUGCCGAGGCGCGCGCAUUGCAGUUGCAGAGGCUGGUUGAUGCUCAGACUGAGAAACUCAAGUCGCUCUCCCUCGGCCCGUGCGCUUGCGAGGCGUCAGAAUCGCGCGCGGAGCUGCGCGCGCGGCUCAGCGACGCCGAGCGGCUCGUGCGCCGGCUGCGGGGCGACGCCGAGCGCCAGCGGAGAGAGGUACACACGGGCGGCUCCGUCACUAACCUACUGUUCGACGGAGCGCAGCACCUGCAAUGUAUGAAGAAUUCACUGCAUGCGUCUCUCCGAGCGUCGGGUCUCGACGGCACCUACGGUUUCCACAACAGCUACUUCCCGCCUGUGAACGCACCGGAUUUCUGGAGGGAACCCAGCAGAGAAGAGUACGCCAACUCGAUGAUAGCACGCCAACAACAGCAACGCAACUCGCGGCGCCCCCUGACUUUACCCGAGCUCUCCGGCCAGCAAAUACAUCGUUCAACUGUUUAUGCUAAUCCGAUGGUUGCAGAACACACACGGCCUCGGAAUGGGUACGAGAAGAAGAAACAGGCAGUCAACGGGGACGCCGCCUGCAACACACCAGAAGAACCUCCAGACAAGCACCGUUUAGUUCCGAUACGCACGAACGAUACGAAACCCUGUUUACCGAAAUUGGACUCUAGCAAUAGUUAUCCAGAGUUGAAAAUCGUUGUUACAAAAAUGAUGCCACAAGUACUUGGUGAGGAGUUUUCGGUCUCCGCCCCCGCCGCGCCGCCCGGCGCGCCCGCGCCCGCGCAGCGCCCGCGGCAGCGGCGCGCGCACCGCAAGCACGCACAAACCGACCACACGUAAUGCGCACAACCAAACACAAGGACACUAUAUAGGAUCCUUCGAUGUUUCAAGUGAACGGCUCGCCGAGUGGAUUGAUAAUGUGAAGUAGAGCCUAGCUAGCACCGGUUUCAUAAUUUCGAGAGCUGAUGUGUGAUCUCCUGCCGAUUUUGUUUUCCUACAUUCGGUAUUCACAUAAAGUCCAGGUAAUUUUCUGUCAAACUUCGGCUAUGUGAGGUAGUGAAACUUCGUUACAUGAACGUGUGUUAUGUAUUCUGUGCAUAUUCACAUUUAAGGAUUUAUUGUGUCUAGUGACAUUAUUUAUCCACCAAGCUGCCCAAAGACUGUAAAUUAUCAAAGGCGAACCUUAACCUGAUGUGACUAAGGCCCCGACGAGAAAUUAGUUUAUUCCGCAAUAUAAAAUACCCAUUACAUUCUAUGUAUUAGAAUAUAUAAGUGAAAUGGGUGGAUUGCGCGAUAAACUUUGUUUUUCUACGGGCUUCAUUAAUACCUACUCGUACGCAUUAUUGGCCGCGCACCGACGACUAGCCAGGAAUGACGGACAAUGGCAUCUAGGUGGAAAACUCUGAACUAGAAAGUUAUUACUUAAUGGAUAUAGAGAACUAUAGCGCGCUAAGCUGAAAAGCGUAUUUUGUAAGUUUAAUGAUAAUAAUCUAUUUAAAAAAGAUCUUAUUUGUGGCAGUAAAUAGGGGCUAAUUUAGGCUAAACAAGAGUCGACGCAUAUCGAAAUUGCUGAAGUCCUCAGUCCUUGUGCAUAGUAUUUUUGAAGUCUUGAAGUAACUUAGUUCCGUUACGAUUUUACGAGGACUUAAGCACGUUUUAUAUGCGUGUUUACAGUAUUGUUUCUCACAAAUAUACGCUAGUUGCACUUAAAAGUAAAUUAUAGCUACCCUUUACCCCUCACCCGGAUUGCCCUGUCUGAUCUUGUUUUCAUUUUGAACCAUAAAAGUCAUUAUAGGAUUUAACAGAUUCAACACCGUCUGCAAUACGUCAAUUGCCUAUUAUCCUUAUUUACUGAGGUGCCAAGAUUAUAGACAUAAGUAUAGGUACCUAAUGCAACAAGGUCAAUAACAGAUAGGGCUUACGGGUACUGUAAAAGCUUGAAUUGGCCAGCGUAGCGUCAUCUUAUAGGGAUAUUAAAAUCUUAGCGUGUUUAGAUCUCAAGGUUGCCAUGACCAAAUAAUUGAAGAUAAUUCGUUUAGAAACUAGUCGUUGUUCAAACGGAUUUGGUCGCAUUCAGUGAAUCGCAGUCGUCCGUGUGCCAUAGCCCUAGGUUGCAGCCCUCACAAGUGUGUCGAUCUAUAAUUAGAUAAUGCAAUAAUUUCAAUCAAUGUUAAUUAUUAUUGUAUAUGUGUAGCGCUCAUGUUUACUUUGUUAUAUAGAAUCGGAGUGUUCAUAUCGCUGUUAUAUUAACUAAACUAUGUACCAAAAACCAUUCCUGAUUGCAUUUUGUUAACUUUUUAAGACACAAGACAUUUGGGCGUCGAUAAAUGACGUCACUCUGAUUUAUUUAUACUUAUUGUAAGUCCCGUUUUGUUGGUUGUUCGCCAAUUUUCUACUAUUUACCAGAUUGUAUCCCUCUCAAAACGCAAAAUGACGCCUUUAUACGAGUCGAUCAAAGUAGCCCCUCAUUUUCCAAAGUCACCCCAUUUUAUUGAGAGUCCUUUCUUCCGCAAGUUAUUUUUUCAAUACCAAAUGAUUCUUCUCCCUAUAAGAUGUCUACUUAAAUAAAACCAUUGAAAUGGUUAUUGUAAAACAUUUGUUUCAAUAGUUUUAUUUAUACUACUUAUAAGUAUGUAAAUCUUAUAAGAGUGAACAAUACACGGUCCACAAAUAUAAUAAUAUAACUGCCAUUAAUAUUAGCAAGUAGGUAUUGUAUAAGUUUAUAUUGUUUUGUGUAAAUGUACCCUACCUACAUACAUUAAAAAUAAUAUUUGUAGCCGUGGUCGUUUAAAAUGUUUCAAGGUCAAUUGAAGAAAUGGUAACGAAUUCUUAUAGAUGGUCUAUUGAGUCCAAUUGUAUCCAGUAUCAUUAAUUCCAGUGCUAGAUUCAUUGACAUAUAUCUAGGGACGGCCUUACGGGCGCUAAGAAUGGUGCUAGUUCAGCGGUGUCACUCACGAAUUCGAGCCAAUCGUGCAGUCUAACGGAACUAAUUGCGACCAAUCGCGCGCGUGUUGCGAACUUAUCAACCAAUCGCGUUGUGGUGUUA